GCGAUGGGUCAAAGUACUAACUUCCUCUCUCUCCCUUCCUUCGUAUGAUCUUGAAGCUUUUGCAUGCGGUUUAGUCUGGGCCCACACACAAUUCAGAAAUAAAUCAACCAUCUCCACAAUGCCACGGCCCCUGCUCCUUUUAAAACUCUCGCCCAUUGACUCUUGAGGCAAGGCGAAUCAGGCUGCAAAUAGGAGGCAAGGGUACCACAACACCAUCCGCCCAUGGAACGGUGUGAAGGUGAGUCCGUCGUUGUGCGAGGGACCAAGGACUCACAACAAGAGUCGCCUUUGGGGUCAUCCCAGUCACCUAUCUUAUUGGUCAUGCUGCGUGGGCCAAUCAUCUCAGAACACCGCGAAAUUGAUGAUGAGUCGGCACUUGCGGGAAGUCCCAGCACUCCUGUCUUAUCCCGGAGCCAAUGCAUGAAGCAUGGGCUAGCUGGGGUACGGGGCAAAUAACCAAAGACUCGAAGAGCCCGUCCCACUCCCUUAGCGCGGUCGAUGGCUCCAGCCGUGAUUCUUGAACCUGCGAGAAAGAGGCUUGGAAACAUGCUAGCUAGCUUGAUCCUUGAACCCAUUAACUUAGUUACCAUAUAGUUAACUACCUCUGCAGGCGCAGGCUUGCAUGAAGGUUGUGCCGAGCAGCGCCAACAGAAGCCCGCCCUGAACUGUUAGUGUACACGCCAUUAAUAAUAAUUAUUGAACUAAAAAAGAAAAGUAAAAGCAAAGAAUGAAAGAAAGAUCAAGCCCACUCCAGAAAUGAAAGAUGAUUCUGAUUGGAGAUGGUGGAUGCUCUCACGAAACCAUACGACCAACGAAGCCAGAGAAGGGGCUAUUUUAGCCCCUCUACGAGCAGGGACACUUGGGGGCCCAUACUGAAUAAUGACUUACGCUGUAUCAGCCAAUUUAUUCUAUUUUCAUAUUUUUUUUUUUUUUCAUAUUUUCAUAUUAUAUAUAUAUUUUAUUCUAUAUUGUAGCUAUUGUUUGAAUUUCCAUGAAUUUAUUUUAUGUUCUUUUUAAGGCAUUAACUGACCGGGUAUACCGCAAAGAAUCGAAAGAAAAAGGGAAUCUCGAAGACUGGGCAAACGGAAAGCCAAAUUGUGCUGCGGCGAGCAUUGUCAUAGUUAUUAGUGAGUGUUCUUGCUAUGGGCGGCGUUGUUGGUGUGUGGUGUGGGCGUUUUUCGCUUUUUUUGGCUAGCGCUGCCUGGGUGCUGGUCUAUCAUCGAUGAUCCUACUAUUAUUAUUAUUAUAUUAUUAUUGACCUCUUGAGCAAGCAUGAAAAGAGCAUCGAGUCAAGGAGGCAGAAGUGUCCUUAGGGGCGGGCCAUUCAUCGCCCCGAAUGAAUCAUCGAUGCUCCAAUACGUGGCGGGCCGCGAUGCUCCGUGCCCUUCUUUGAGCGUAGUUUCCAGCACAGGCUAGCAACACCGCCCCUUGUGUCCUAGUUGCGCAAAGUGGUAUCAAAGCACAGUCAUCAGUCUUCCAAAGCAAGGUGGUGGUGGUGGUGGUGGUGGUGCAGGGUUCGCAGUUUUGUAGCAAGCUAGCUGAUUGGGCCUGGCCCAUGACACUCAAGCAAGGACUGAGAGACAGACAUUAUUAUUAUUUAUUAUUAUUGCUCCGUUGAUUAUUUCAUAAUUAUUAUCGUUAACUAUCUCGAGCGAACAAACUACUCGUGCCAGCCGGCGAUUAUUUCUGGUAGUUUGGUAACCCCCGAAACUCAGGAACCAUGAGCGACUUCCAAGAAUCGCCCGUGUUUUGGUCUGUUGACCAUAUCAUCCAUGUCCGUCAUAGAUUUGUGCACCGUCAUCCUUCUGCCACCAUCCAAUGCGGGGGCCCGUCUCUCGAACAGGCUUCAGUGUGCUAAAUUAGAAACGGUUUCAGAGGCGCCGAUGGCAGUCAAAAUGCUGCAAAACUCUUUAAGUUCAAACAGGCAGGCCAUACAUUAAAGACUCCUAUCAACAAAAUGACCGAGUGCAAAAGGUCCCCUCUCAUUUCUGUUGUUUCGACAGGCCGCCCUUGUUUUUCCGCGCAGUUCUUAUCAGGCGAGAGGUACGCCAAGCAGUGGCAGAUACGAUCCUUUUCCUCAACCUUGUAGUUGAAAUAUCAUCGAACUGAUUAUUGUAAAUGACGCUGCCCGCAAAAAGCUUGACGGAUGAAUCUUCUGAGCUGAUAUUAUAUCAGUAACAAAAGUAAAACUCGAAAUAAACAUCCGCUUUUAGGGCGAGGUUCGUGGGAGCGUUAAGAAUUUCCCGGUUGGGUUUAAUAAUGAUAUUCAGUUUUGCCUGUAAAUACCCAAAGUAAUGAGAGGGCCAGAAGUUUUAUUGUUUAUGAGGAAUCCGUCCGCCACCGAGUUCAUCUUUUACCCAGUACUCCGUACUCCGUACUCCGUUCUGACAGACCCAAUUAUUCCCCAGGUGGCUUGUGAAAGUUGUGAUGGUUCGACGAUGGCGGACCAUCAAACCCA